AUGGUGCCAACGGCGUUGUUCAGCUCAUUUGGUGAAGAUGAUUAUAACCAAGACGAUAGCGGUGACGAUUCCGAUAGUGAAGAACCUAUCGAAGCAGCUAAGGAAGAAGCCCCGGCACCUGCCGAACCCGAGACCAAGAAAGACGGUAAGCUGGUAUAAAA